GCCGGUGUGAUCGGGUUGAGCACUGCUGUAAGGCUUCAGCAAGAGGGCCAUAAAGUAGCAAUAGUGGCCAAGGAUUUCCCGAGUCCGUUUGAGACCGUUGACAGCAAAGCUUCAAUCAACUACACCUCACAAUGGGGCGGCGCUCACAACCGUUGGGUCAUACCGGCCAACGAGAUGGAACAGCGCGAUCAUGCGAUGGCCCUCAGAACGUUCCGGCACAUGGAGUCCCAGGUGAAGAGCAAUCCUGAAGCCGGUAUUACUUUCAUGCCUGGUAUUGAAUACCUCGAUGAUCCUCCGCCACAAUACCAAGCUCUCAGCGAGGAAAAGGCCCAGAGCUUGGGACUGGUAGACUUCCGGCUCCUGAACCCAACCGAAUACCCAGAUGACAAGGUGAAGUGGGGAUGCGAGUACAAGACAUGGUGUGUGAACCCCAUGGUCUACUGCUCCUUCCUCCUUCGCAAGUUCUCCUGGAAUGGCGGCCAAAUCUUCCGCAGAGAACUCAGGGAUCCCCGUGAGGCUUUCUCACUGAAAGAGUUGCCGAACGUGAGACAUGUAGUCAACUGCUCUGGUUUCGGAUUUGGUGACCCAAACUCAUUCAUCACGAGAGGUCAAACGUGUGCUGUCGCCAACUUCAGCCCAGCAACCGUGACAAGACAGAAUGCUGAUGGAUCUUGGACAUUCUGCGUGCCUCGAAAUUUCGAUGGCGGCACGAUCGUGGGUGGCACAAAGGAACCUGACAAUUGGGACACUGAACCGUCGCCAGAAGUGCGGGAGGAGCUCCUCAAACACUUCGCUGCUACAUAUCCUAAGAUCCUUGGGGACGAUGGUGAGUUUCGCGUCCUCAAAGAUGUCGUAGGCCGACGGCCGACUCGAAAGGGCGGCAUGAGGCUGGAAAGAGAAGAGGUGGGAGAGAAGCGCACCAUAAUCCAUGCUUAUGGUCUGGGGGGCAGGGGGUUCGAGAUGUCCUGGGGUGUAGCUGAGGGUGUACUUGAAUUAUUGGGAGACUCAAAAUUCAUGCCGCGGCUUUAG